CGUAUAAACGUAAAAAAGAGAGGCUCUUUUUGGUCUCUGAAGCAGCACCACUCUAGCUCGCUUGCUUGCAAGUUACAGGCUCUCUGGAAAAGAUCAGGAAUUUCGAUUCUUGAUCGCCCUUCUUUCUUCUGAUCUCCCUCUGGGUGGGGGGAGAUGGACAUGAACAACGGCUGGCUUGGCUUCUCCUUGUCUUCUUCAGCUGGAAGAGGCUAUGGAGACGGCGGCGGGGCAAGGGGUGGAAGCGGUGAUGGAGAGGGCUCUUGCUCGUCUCCUGCCGCAGCUUCGCCUCUUGUGGCUAUGCCGCUGCAGUCUGAUUGCUCUGUGCAAUAUAACGCUCCAGAUUGGAGGCACUCAGAAGUGAGAGGCACCAAGCUUGAGGACUUCAUGAGCGUCACUUGCACCAACAAGAGCGGCAGCAGCAGCAGCAACAUCUACGACAGCAGCAGCAGCCUCUACGACAAGGCCAAGUACCACGAGUUUCACGACGUCCAAGCCUUGAAGGGCUCGUACUUCCACGGCCACGGCCACAACAUUGGUCUGGACAUCAACGUGAACGCGCCACCCUACAGCGGCGUCCCGGACCACCGCAUAUUCGCGUCGCACGACCAUCAUCAUCAGUUCCUGCCCCACCACGGCCAGUGCUUCUUGGAUUCGCCGAACGCAAGCCCGCCCGGCCCAAUUCCAGGGUUGCCGAUGUACAAUGCCGCCGCCGCUGGCGUCGGCGGCUCUAUGUCCAUCUCCGGCAUCAAGUCCUGGCUCCGGCAGGAGAUGUACGUGCCGCCAGUGCCGGAGCGGUCGUCGGCGCUGUCGCUCCCCUUGCCGACCGAGCCGCCGCAGCUGCUGCCGGCGCCAGUGCCGGUCGCGCGCAAGCCCGCGCAGACGUUCGGGCAGAGGACAUCGCAGUUCCGGGGCGUGACCAGGCACAGAUGGACAGGGAGGUAUGAGGCUCACUUGUGGGACAACACUUGCAGGAAGGAAGGCCAGACUAGGAAAGGAAGGCAAGUUUACUUAGGUGGGUAUGACAAGGAGGAGAAGGCUGCAAGGGCUUACGAUUUGGCAGCGCUCAAGUACUGGGGUCCUACAACUCACAUAAAUUUCCCACUAAGCACCUAUGAGAAGGAGCUGGAGGAGAUGAAGCACAUGUCAAGGCAGGAGUUCAUUGCACACUUGAGAAGGAACAGCAGUGGCUUCUCGAGGGGAGCAUCCAUGUACAGAGGAGUGACAAGGCAUCACCAGCACGGGAGAUGGCAGGCCAGGAUUGGGAGAGUGGCAGGGAACAAGGACUUGUAUCUUGGCACCUUCAGCACGCAGGAGGAGGCGGCAGAGGCGUACGACAUCGCGGCGAUCAAGUUCCGCGGCCUGAACGCGGUGACCAACUUCGACAUCAGCAAGUACGACGUCAAGCGCAUCUGCGCGAGCACGCACCCCAUCGGCGGCGACGCCGCGUGCAGGCGCUCCCCUACGAGCCCGCCGGACGCGCCGGCGUUCGGCAUCCCCAGCGCCGAGCGCUCCGACGCGUCGGGCGGCGACCAGGACGCAUCCGAUAACUCGGACACCUCCAACAGUCACCGCGGCGCGCACCUGCUGCACGGCCUCCAGUACGCGCACGCCAACGCCAUGAAGUUCGAGGCUGGGGAGGGCAGCAGCAGAGGCAGCUGGAUGGCGGAGGCGGCGCGGCCGGUCGCCGGCGUUCCGAGCGUGCAUCAGCUCCCGGUGUUCGCGCUGUGGAAUGACUGAGUAGCAUAGCAAGUGCAUACGUAGUUAGUGCGAUGCAUGGUACUGCAUGCUUGAUGUUGCAUGGUUGCCAUCUCCUUAGUGAGGUGGUGACAAUUUUGCCGGAAUGUGUAAUGGUCUGACAUGCGUGCGUAUUAGUUCACUGAAACAUUCGAAUCAGUCGGGUCUACAACGAUGCGGGCGAACUAAUCUU